AUGCACGGCGCAGAGAAAGCGGUCGUUGGCGACCUAGUUUUCGACGCCGCGGACUCGGGAAAGGCAGAUGAUGAGCUGGAGCCAACAUUGGAGUCCGUAGAAGGCGAAGCACUUGUGGAUGAUAAAGAGGCUGAUAAUGACGCGCUCUCUGGAAAGUCUAACAAACGCUCGCGGAAACCUUGGGUGCCGCCGAAAGUGAAGACCCUGACCGCCGAGGAUGUGGACAAGUACACAAUUUUUGAUGUGAUUAUGCCGUUACCAGGAAGGGAUGUGGCCUACCCGGGUGGGGCAUUGGGAGAACGAUAUCAAGAAUUCCUCAGAGUCGAUGGUCUCGACCCUCAUAAUUUUGAACGUAAACAAAAGGAUUAUAGUCUGGGAGGUUCGUAUCGGAAGAUUUUACAUCUACCGAAGGAGCUCUCGUGGUCAGUUCUUAGAUACACAGACCCAGACGUUGCGCUCGCGCAGGCAGACGAAGACAAGUUGCUCGGCUUCGACCCCCCGACGAUUGUCGAGGAUGGCAAGUUCAUCGCACUGCAAGUGCAGCUCACACUUGGAACGGCGGCCUAUGCAACGAUGGCACUGCGAGAGGUGACGAAAACGGAAACUAGUUCCCAGUACCAGGCUGGCCUCACGCAAGCGUCCGAAGAUCAGAAGUACAAAACCUCUGGUGGUGUUGAUGAUAUCUUGCCCAGAUAG